AUGUAUUACAAAUCCGUCCUUGACUCGCAUCUUCGUGGCCAAACCCUCCGCGGUCCGUCGAUGAAAUCUGAAGCUGCCUUUUAUCGCCGAUUAGAACAAUCACUAGAUGUUACCCGUAAGAGAGGUGGUUGUAUUACACUCAAGCCUCGAUGGGAAGAUGAUGUCCUCGACUUCACGUCAAGUGACUUUUUGUCCCUGAGUCGAUCGGGACGCAUCCGUGACACGUCCAUGGAAGAACUCGCUCGCUGCGGUGACUUCAGACUGAGUGCCUCGGGCUCACGCACACAAUACGGUAACUAUGAUUACCUCAAUGUGGUCGAGAAGGAGAUCUCGACGUUUCAUAAUGCAGAUACUGCUUGGAUCUGUCACUCGGGCUUCCUUGCCAAUAUUGCCAUCUUUGAGGCUGUGCCGUUACCUGGCGAUGCUAUUGUGUGGGAUGAGUUCUCGCAUGCGAGUACAGCCUUGGGCGUGAAGCUAAGCAAUGCCGCUCACAAGAUCUCCUUCAAGCACAACGACAUCGAUUCUCUCCGAGACGUGUUGACCUCGCUGAGAGAUGAAGACGCCUCAUUUCGCUCCGGGGCCAAGUCAAUCCUCAUUUGUGUUGAGUCAAUCUAUAGCAUGGAGGGUGACAUCUGUCCAUUGCUCGAGUUUGUUCAACUGGCCAAAGAACUAUUUCCUGCUGGCAAUGCCCAGUUCGUUAUAGACGAGGCCCAUAGCAGCGGUGUUCUUGGCCCAAGAGGUGGCGGACUGGUCCAGGAAUUAGGCCUUGAGAAGGACAUCGCCAUAAGAGUCCACGUGUGCAGCAAAGCCUUGGGUGCAACCGGAGGUGUCAUUCUGUGCAACCAGACCAUCCGAAACGUGAUUAUUCAGAACGCACGAUCACUGACUUACAGUGGUGCACCCUCGAUUCCCAUGGUAGCUUGUAUUCGUGCUGGGUACCAACUUUUGCGAAACGGCCAUACUCAAGAUCAACAGAAUCACAUCCAGGAGAUUGUCAAGCAUUUCUUGCAGAGCAUCACAGAUCACCCCGUAUGGCAAGAGGCCAUUGACGAGGGGUUGAUAACUAUCCCGCUCGCCGAUGAAUGGGAACAGCGUCCAUAUCACUCACACAUCAUGCCGAUUCUCCUACACCACGGCCAUGAGAUGUACCUGUUCUACCACCUCAUCAUCGCCAACAUGAAUGCAUACCCAAUCUCGUACCCGACAGUGCCAAAGGGAGCCAGUCGUAUCCGGCUUGUCUUUCACGCCCACAACUCUCGCGAGGAGAUAGAUGCUCUUGUGGCAGCGAUUGGAGACUGGGCAUCAGAGAUGAUUGAGAUAUCGCAGAGCGGCAAUAAGAACUCCUUACCUUCUGCUGCACGGAAGGUUAACUCCAUGCAACUAACACGUCAGUCUUGA